AUGUACGGCGACCUAGCUCUCCAGCUCGUCACAUCCUCACAUCGAUCCACACUCUCCACCACCCCUCAACUACCAUUACCGAAAUACGCAUUACCUCUCAUCCUCUCGAUAUGUCUGGAAACCCGUCAGUUAGGUCAAUCCAUCACCUCUGCAGCCGAGCAACAUGGUCAAGUGUCUUUAUCUCAAGAUCGAUCGCUGGUCUGCAACCUCACAGUACAGCAUCUUUCUGCUCGAAGGAACAAGCGAUGUCUUUUAGCGUACUUGUCAACCAGGGUAGGAGGUAUCAAGGAAAGAUGGUGGGAUUCAGGUGGAAGUUUAGCUUAUCUCCUUUCCCCUACUUCAUCUUCGAACACGAAUAACUCGGACCCAUCAGCUAUCAACAGUUCUGAAUCUGAAUCAUCAGGAGAUCUAAGGAACAAUCUGAGUCCGCAAGAAUUAGAUUUCCUAAGAGGAUAUAACAACCUGAUGAUUGAUUAUAAAUCCGAUUUCCUGGAUGUUUUAGAUCUUACUUCCUCGAUAGACAGACCACCCUCGGAAUUGAUGGUGGAUGUUAGAGUACUGAAAGAUGCUGGAGAGGUCGUUCUGGAAGGUGGUGAAAAGCUUGAUUUUAGGAAAGGAGAGAGAUUUAGGUUGAAUAGGAGUAAUGUGGAGAGAUUGAUUGUUCAAGGGUAUUUGGAGGAAGUGUGA